AUGUCUCCUAACUACCCGUUUGGUUAUCAAAAUAAUCAGCUUUGUGAAUGGGUCAUCAAGGCAGGUUACGGGAAAGUGAUCGACCUCAGAUUUAAACGCCUGGCCUUGGAGGGCAGCAAAUAUAGUCUUGAUUGUGUGAUCAUUUAUGAUCGUGCAUUAGAUGCUAAUUACCCGAUUAAACAGUUUUGUGGCUCAAGUGAUGUGACCGACUUGUUGAUAAGAUCUUCUGGAGACUCAUUGAGGGUUGAAUUCUACACAGAUUUUUCAAUCACUGCACCUGGUUUUAUUGCUGUAUUUUGGGAGCAUGAAUGUGAAGCCUUGAAGUAUGGAGCUGACCAUUGCAAUAUGUCCUGCAGUUGUGACAAAGACAAUACAGCCUUCUGUGAUCAUACUAUUGGCACUUGUUUUUGUAAACAAGGCUGGAAGGGAGAUGACUGUACAAUAGACAUCAAUGAAUGUGAGGAGUCCCCAACCAGCGUGUGCCCCUCUGAAUACAGUGUGUGUAGAAAUCUUCCUGGUUCAUUUGAGUGCGUAUGUGAAACUGGAAUAACAGCAAAGGACACGGGGUUAUGUGUUGAAUGCAGCGAUUUGACGUAUGGAACAAAUUGUACAUUGAAUUGUGACUGCGUAUCAGAUACUACAGCAAGCUGUGACAGCAGAUACGGAAUUUGUAAUUGUUUGCCUGGAUGGACAUCACUACACUGCACUGAAGACAUUGAUGAAUGUCUUUAUAUUGGAUGUGGGGACUAUAGUGACUGCACAAAUACCCCAGGGAGCUACACGUGUUCUUGUUAUUCUGGGUACUUCUUAAAUGAAUAUGAAACAUGCACAAGUGAAGGUUGUCCAGCUUUCAAAUUUGGAGAAAGCUGUUCCAACUCUUGUAACUGUACACAGAACAACACCAGAAGUUGUGAUGUCAACAAUGGAACCUGCACGUGCAAGCCUGGCUGGACAUCAAAUGACUGCUCUAUAGACAUAAAUGAAUGUCAACUUGACCCACUGAUAUGUCCUGAUUACACAUCCUGUAAAAAUCUAAAUGGUAGCUACCAGUGCAUUUGUUAUGAUGGUCUGAUGCUCGGAUCUAAUAGGAAUUGUCAAGCAAUCCGUCCGUGUAUUGAGAGAGUCUGUUCCCAUCUGUGUACAAGAGUAACCCUUGGUAAUCAAACAGAAGUUGAGAAGUGCUAUUGUCCCAAUGGAGCAAUAUUAAUGGGAGACAUUUGCCAAUUGUGUCCCAACAUGACAUAUGGCCCCCAAUGCCAGUACCAAUGCAGUUGUGUAGCCAACAACACCGCCACUUGCUAUACUGGAUCCUGCGAAUGUUUACCUGGUUGGGAAUCUGAUGACUGUUCUAUGGAUAUCAAUGAAUGCAGUCAAGAGCGCUGUGGUGCCAAUUCCAUUUGUACUAACACUAUUGGAAGCUACAUGUGUCAGUGUCUCUCAGGAUAUGCAAUGAGUCCCAGUGGAUACUGUAUUACAGAAGGCAGUAGUGAGACACUAACAAACAUUACAGGAGCAAUUAGUAGUCCAUCAUUUUAUGAUGGCAGACUUAGAUAUGCAUGGACAAUCAUUGCCUCUUCAGGGAGCAUCAUUUCAUUUCGUCUUGUCAACUUGGCCACACAAGCUGAUCCCAAAUGUACCUAUGAAUCAUUAUCAGCAUACGAUGGUAACACUCUUUUUGGGACCUAUUGUGGACAAAAAAUACCUGGUCUAAUUAGGUCCACAGUAAAUAAAUUGCAGCUUGAAUUUCAAACACUUCACGGUAUUUCACAAAGUGGCUUCUAUGGAACAUACACAAUACAUGCCUGCCCUAAAUUUACAUACGGGGAAACUUGCUCCAUCAACUGUUCAUGCAAUAAGAGCAACACAGUUUUCUGUGAUAACACUAAUGGAGUUUGUGUUUGUAAGCCUGGCUUUAUGGGAUACGAUUGCUCAGAUGAUAUUGAUGAAUGUGAGACUGCUGCAGAGACAAAUAUCUGCCCAGAAAAUACUGAUUGUAUCAAUGAGCCAGGUGGAUAUCAAUGUGAAGAACUUUUAACUAUACCAGUCAUCACAACCUUUGGGUACAACACAACUGGUAUAAAUCUCUCAGACACAAACAGCCAGGAGUACAAACAACUAAAACGUGAUGUUCAGGAUGCUGUGAGUUUUAGUUUUGUUUCUUGA